CGGUAGUUUGCUCUCGGCUCGCGCUAUGAGGAGGCGCGGCGCCUGCAACGUAAUUAAAACAUGGCGGAUUCAGAGGAAUUUCGGCUAAAACGAUUAAAGUGACCACGACAAAACGGAUGUUUUAUCUUUAACGAGGAGAAAAGACGGACAACAGUGCAGAGAAUCACCCGAUUUUAAUCAGCAUGAUGAGCACCUCUCCAGAGUGUUUGAUGAAGUGAUGGGCCUUGGAGAUUUUGCUGAAUCCUCCAGGGGUUCUGUUGCUUCCUCCAAGAGUGGAGGUCUGGAGGAGACAAAGGGACUAGAAGAAACCUCAGGACAAGGAGAACCUCAGCAGUUAGUAGAAGAGGAUAGCAGCAAUAGCAGACAAGAAGGAAAGAUGAACGAGCGUGCUGGCGAGUCAUCCUUUACUCAGUUUGCAUCCACUUCCUCUGACCGCCAGUGUUCUUUCGCCAUGGGAACCGGUGGAGGGGCAGCCUUCGAUGAUGCUCUGGAUGGUCUUCCUGCAUACGCACCCGAAGAAGAUGAUGAAGAUUGGCACUUUGCCCUACCAAUGGGCACUCUGGAAGAUAUUGAGGUGGACAAGGCAAACAGAAAAAACAAGAAAACUGAAGAGGGGAAUGCAGAAGCUCAAAAAAAGUGCUCCGUUUAUCUGUGAGGCAAGGGAGGAUGAGGAUCGAGAUAAAGAAGGCAGCAAUGGAUCUGCUAAUACCUCCCACUCCUCUCAGGACCAUACAUCUGACAGCAGCCAAGAUGGAGACACAAUGAACCAGACAGAGGAGACAAAAGACAGCCAGCAAGGAAAGAGGCCACAGCCAGCUCCAGUAGAGGACAGUAAUCCUCCCAUCCCUCCAUGUAUCAACAUUAAAGAUGAGCCCAUUGAUGAGGGCUAUGAUGCAGCUUUAUUGCCUCAGAGUUCCAUCAGACAUAUCAAACAAGAAAUGGAACAUCCGGAGGACACUGGAGCAUCUGGAGAGAACCCACAAGGACAUGGAGAAAACCGACAAGGACACGGAGAGAACACAUUGGCACCACAAAGAAAGGAAGAGUUGAGGAUCAGCUCCGUCUACUCUGUAGGUGGGCCAAACACUUUGGUUUCAUCAACAGUGCCAGCAGCAAUUCCAGCCCCACCUCCUGCUGCCAUUUUUAUCCCAGGAAGAGGUACGGUACUGCAAGCUAUGGCUCCUCUCCCUAUCAGACAACCAACUCUGAUCUCCAGCACACUUCCAGCGUUGACACCUUUGGCACCUUUGGCACCCCUGGCUCCUCGUCCACCUCCCAUUCCUGGUAGUGUGCGCUGCAGUGGCUGUGCUAAGGUUCUACUGAAAGGCCAGACAGCAUUCCAAAGAAAGGGUUCGACCCAGCUGUUCUGCUCCACUGUUUGUCUGAGCGGUCAUCUGCCUCCAGCCCCCAAACCGCGAUCCUGUUGUCAGUGCAACAGGGAGAUCUUACAACCUAAAGAUAUGAUCACAAUUCCAGGAGAUGAUGGCGUCGUCCUGAACUUUUGCAGCCAGUUCUGUCUGUCUGUCUUCAGACACAAGAAGAAGACAUCUGACAAGCAGCCUGACAGAUGGCCUGAGAAACGACCAGAGAACAAAUUUGAGAAGCAGCCUGAGAAACGGGUUGAUCCUCAGCUUGAACAACUAUUCUGCAGCGUUUGCAGAGUCAGAAACAGGCAUAUCGAGCAUGAAGUCACUCAUCAAGGUCGUCUGCACAGACUCUGUAGCGAUGCUUGUUUUGUAACGUGGCGCAAAAUCCGGCAGUUGGCCAUGAACUGUUGUGAAGGCUGUGGACUUUACUGCAACAGCAACUCGGGCUCCUGUCAGACGCUCACAAUUGACAGGUCUCAACUCAACUUCUGUAGUCCGACCUGCAUUGCCACGUUCAAACAGACCUGCAGAAAGAUGACUGAAUGUGCCAACUGUCACCAAAUGAUCACAGUGUCCUUCACCAUCAUGGAACGAGACCACAAGGGCAAAGUUCAGCUGUACUGCUCACCUCCUUGUGUGGAACAGUCUCGACCGCCUCGACACGUGCUCUCUGGUACUCCAUUCCCUUGCUCCUUGUGCAAGACCACAGCUGUUCCCCAGUAUCACCUGGCCAAGGCGGAUGGCACCAUUCGUAACUUCUGCUCCUAUGACUGCGUUUCUGUUUAUAGGAAAUCAUCACCUGUCUCUCAGACAGACCUGAGCAAUGGAGUCUCUUCUCCCAGGGAGCCUGCUGUCCGUGAUGCAUCCAAGGCAGUGCUUUCUUCUGGAACCAGCUCCGUUCCUCCGAUCCCCCAGGAAAUCCCAUCUUCUGUCCCCUACCCCGGCCAUCAUCCUAGUCAUACAUCAGUGCCCCCAUUGGCACCUCCGUACCCAGCAUUAGUAUCCCCCUCAGUCCCAGGUCAAGCCCUGGGUAAGGCACCGUUUGGGCAGCUCCCAAAACCUGCAGAGGGUGGGGCCAAUGAAGCUUCCAGACUGACCUGCCAUAAGUGCAGCAAACAGUUUGGCUUGAAGCCAGUGUUGUUCAGUCACCAGGGUUGUAUGUCUUUGUUCUGCAGUAAGGUGUGCUGUGACCAGUAUAAAAUCCAAAAAAAUAUCCUUGCUCACUGUGAGUACUGCAAACAGGAGAAGGUGCUGUUUGAUGUCAUCAACUAUAACCAACAAGAGCUGUUUUUUUGCAGCGAAAGUGAGUCUUCACCACUUUGUUCUCUUACUUCUGAGUGUAUCAGUGCAGUUAACCUAUUGUGUUGCUCAGACAUGGAUAGUCAUUGGCUCCAUGAGCUAAAGUGUAUCCGAAAAAUAUUUACAGCACUUCACGUUUUCUACAUUUUAUGUUACAGCCUAAUUCCAAAAUGGUUGAAAUUCAUCAAUUCAUCAAAAUUGUACACACAAUACUAG